GUCAAUCUCAUCACACUCUAGAUUCUCAAACAAUCUCUGGAAGCUCUCAUAAUUUGUCGAGAAUGUCGAUCAUUCCAAGCUUCUUCGGUGGAAGGCGCACCAAUGUGUUGGACCCAUUCUCUCUAGACAUUUGGGAUCCAAUGGAGGGAUUCUUCAACUCUACACUCACCAACGUCCCCUCCUCGGCACGCGAGACUUCUCAGUUCGCUAAUGCAAGGAUUGAUUGGAAGGAGACCCCCGAAGCUCACAUUUUCAAGGCUGAUCUUCCGGGUCUGAAGAAGGAGGAAGUGAAGGUGGAGGUCGAAGAAGGCAGGAUUCUUCAAAUAAGUGGGGAGAGGAGCAAAGAAGAGGAGGAGAAGAAUGACAAGUGGCAUCGCGUGGAGAGGAGCAGCGGCAAAUUCGUGAGGAGGUUCAGGCUGCCUGAGAGUGCUAAGAUGGAUCAUGUGAAGGCGAGCAUGGAGAAUGGAGUGCUCACUGUGACUGUGCCCAAAGAGGAGGAGAAGAAGCCCGAAGUCAAGCCAAUUGAGAUCUCUGGUUAAGCGAUGUCGUAUUGAUAUAAAGUCAUGGGUUUGUGUUGUGGAAAUUAUGCUGUGUUUGUGUUUGUGUUGGUGAUUUGAAGUUGUCUUAUUGCGUCCGUGGAAGUGUUAUCCUAAAGUUGUCUUUUGCGAGUUGAGUCGAAAUAAAUAAAUUGUGCGUACUUUUGUUUUGUUAAA